AUGGAGGGCCAGCCAAGAACCACUACGCGACCGUCGAGUGGGAUUCCUCGACUAGCAGCUUCGCGUCUACCCCUGCCAACUUCCACAGCUUCGAAAUCCCUUCGCCCCUCCCCUUCCCGUGAUCGCCUACAGGCCGACCCUGGUCUAGAUCAUAACCGUCUACGAAGACCUUCCCGCGAGUCGCUCCUCAAACAGCCAAGCCCACGAUACUCCAACUCCCCCAGCGUGACUCCUUCGAUAUUAGAUGAACCAGAGCGUGGCUUGGAUGAUAUACAAGUACCAGAGGAAGAGAGCGUGGCCGGUGGGGAUGAUGAAUCUGGAGCAACAACUGAACCUCGCGGCCGGCUACGAGAAGUGCAGCCGUCGUUGUCGGAGCGAACAAUCGAAACAAUUGCCCACAUCCCGCCGUCCCCGGCGUCUGUGAAACGGCAAUCAAGCUUCUUCAACGGAGCCAGUCCAAUCCGGUCUCCUUCACGAACGCCAUCCAACGUGUCCGGCUAUUCCAGAUCACCGUCCCGAUCUUCCUCCGGCCAGGCCAGUGGCAAUGAUCUUGUAUCUCAACCCGUAUCUAAACUUCGUCUUCCAUCUCGUUCUCGCAUGUCUAUGACUUCUUCAGCUUCAUUAUCGACCGGCAAGGUUUCAGAUACCAACGAUAGUCCUUCAAAGAUGAGAUUGCCGUCUGCAAGGCAAAGCCUUGCAGGAACCAGCGCGGUGACUGAGGCAAACACGCCGCUGAGAAAGACAAUGCCAGGAAAAAUCAAUACUCUAGGAGUCACGGCCACUAAAGGGCCGGUGACCCGCCCUUCGCUGGCCAAGAAGCCCUCCAAAUCUACCUUCUCAGAGAUGGGCCCACCAGAGCGACCUCUGCAAGUCCGGAAGACGAGGAAGCCUCAAACUGACUCCCCUUCGGCAAGCCCUUCGGGAACGAGAUCACCUUCUACUGCGUCACGAUACGUGUCCGCUGCUUCCACCCUACAGGAUGAACUCACACCGGAGCAACAGGCAGAGAGUGAAGCUCGCAAAGCCUCCAAGUCAUCCAGUGCUCUACGAGAGAGUAUUGCGAAAGCCAAAGCGGCUAGAAAAGCGGCGGCAUGUAACAAAGAGAAAUCUGCUCCAACAGUGAACGCGGCUGCUACUUGGAAUAGCAUUGAUGUUGUUGAAGACCCAUUCAAUCAGUUACCCAAGGGCUCAAGUAAUGCUGUACUUCAGAAACGCAUUGAAGGAGCCCGUGCAUCGGGUACUCUGAAUAUUGCGGCUUUGUCUCUGACUGAAAUCCCGAAAGUGGUGAUUGAUAUGUAUGAAUACGAUCCCGACCACCCAUGGUUUGAGAGUGUCGACUUGAUCAAAUUCAUUGCUGCAGAUAACGAUUUGACGGAGGUGUCAGAUGCGACCUUCCCAGACAUCGACCCAGAACAGUUUGAUCCGGAUAGCGAGGAGCGAGGGCUUCAAUUUGGUGGCGUGGAAACAUUGGAUCUUCAUGGAAAUCGACUUCAGAGUCUUCCCAUUGGGCUUCGGCGUCUGCAUAACCUGCGCUUUCUCAACCUGUCAAACAACGAUUUUACCAUGGAGAGGCUUGAGAUAAUUUUUGAGAUCCCAUCUUUGGUGGAUUUGAAACUUGCAAACAAUAAUUUGAAAGGAGCGCUAACUUCAGAAAUUGGCCGCCUUCGUCAAUUGGAAGGGCUAGAUCUACGUGGUAAUGCCCUGACAGUGUUGCCCCAAGAGAUCGCGGAAUUGACGUCCCUCAAAGUUUUGGAGAUUGGCGAGAACCACUUGGCAUCCCUACCGUUCGAGAUUCUGAGCAAGCUUCCUCUGAAAACUUUACAUGCCCCUAAGAACAAGCUAGAAGGCACGCUGAUCCCAGAAUCCGUCGACCGUUUUGAAGAUCUGCAGUCUCUCAACAUUGCAAAUAACUUCGUGGAUGUUUUCGCGGCCAACCCCAUGCUUUAUCUACCUAGUCUUCGCAGCUUGUUUAUCGGUGUUAACCGUAUAAAGCAGCUACCCUCUGUAUCUUCAUGGCAAUCUCUAUCGGUUCUAUCUGCUGAGGACAACAGUCUCACAGAUAUCCCAGCUGGAUUCGUGGAACUCAAGAAUCUGAAGAACGUUGAUUUCACUGGAAACAACCUGACUCGUCUUGAUGACAAGAUUGGGAUCAUGGAGAAUCUUUCCUCAUUCCGAGUCGCGAACAAUCCGCUUCGUGAGCGCAAGUUUUUGAGCAUGGGUUCGGAAGAGAUCAUCCAGGACCUGCGAAACCGAUGCGAGCCUGAUCAGGCCCAAGAGACGGAUGAUGAAGGAUCAGUGGCGACUCAAUUUACGCUUGCCCCCGAGGCGCCCGAGCCAGAGAAUACCUGGCGUGUCAAGCCUGGUGGAGUCGUCGACAGGUCAUACUCGGAUCUGACAGAUCUGGAACCGAGCAACCUGGAGUUGAUCCAAAGCGAGGACGUUCGGUGUUUGUACCUACAGCACAAUGACUUACGCUCGUUCCCGGUUCCAGCAAUCUCAUUUUUCUCGCAAUCUUUGGUCGAACUUGACCUCUCUCACAACCCCCUCGACAGCUCGGUCCUUAUUUCUGCUUCUUUUGAAAUGCCAAAACUGCAAACCCUGAACUUGAUUGCUGCGAGUUUGACUUCUCUAGAACCCCUGUUGACGAACCUGCAAGCUCCUUCGCUAAACUUCCUCGAUGUUUCUAAUAAUCGUUUGACCGGAACUCUUCCUCACAUUCGUCAGACAUAUCCGGAUCUUAAAACCUUCAUCGCCUCAGAUAAUCAGUUCGCCAGCUUGGAAUUCGAGGCCGUCCAAGGCCUGCAGGUCCUGGAUGUUAGCAAUAACGAUAUCGACUAUCUGCCGCCCAAAAUCGGGCUCUUGGGUGCUGAGCGCUCACCGCAAAACUGGGGAACGGGGUCUUCCCUACGACGCUUCGAAGUUGCUGGCAAUCGCUUCCGCGUUCCCAGGUGGCAAGUUGUUGCCAAAGGCACCGAGUCGAUCCUAGAGUUCUUGAAGGAACAUAUCCCUGCUCAAGACCUUCCGGUGUGGGAGCAUGAAGAUGCGGCCCCUGUUGAUGAAUACUGA